AUGGUGAAGGGGAUUUUAUUGAUUGACGCUCAUGCUGGUGGUGUUAAUGACUUGGCAUUUUGUAAUCUGAACAAGCAGUUAUGCAUUGUAACUUGUGGAGAUGAUAAAUUAAUAAAGGUAUGGGAUUUUACUGGAAAGAAGCUUUUUAGCUUUGAAGGUCAUGAAGCACCUGUUUUCUGUAUUUGUCCUCGUCAAAAGGAAAAUAUCCAGUUUUUAUUUUCAACUUCUGUUGAUGGGAAAAUCAAGGCAUGGUUAUACGAUGACAUGGGCUCCCGGUUGGACUAUGCUGCUCCUGGACAGUGGUGCACCACAAUGCUCUAUAGUACGGAGGGAAAUAGAUUGUUCUCAUGUGGGACAAGUAAAGAUGGAGAUUCCUUCCUAGUUGAGUGGAAUGAAAGAGAAGGAGCACCAAAAAGAACUUAUUCUGGGUUUAGACAGAGUUCUACAGGCGUUGUGCAAUUUGACACAGCAAAAGGUCGAUUUUUGGCUGCUGGAGAAGAUCACCAGAUCAAGUUUUGGGAUAUGGAUAAUGUCAAUGUUUUGUUUAGUACAGAUGCUGAUGGGGGUCUUGCUAAUCUCCCUCGCUUGAGAUUCAAUAAAGAAGGAAAUUUGCUUGCUGUCACUACAACGGAUGGUGGUUUGAAACUCCUUGCAAAUUCUGAGGGCAUCAAAUAUUUGAGGGUAAUUGAAGCUCGAUUUCAUGAAACAUUUAAAGCUCCUUUUGGGACCAAGAAUGGAGUUGAUUCUACGCCUACAUGCACAGAGAAGAAAGGAAGUUUUGAUGAUGUAUCCAACAAAUCCAAAGUUUGGGAAACUAUGGAGAUAGUUGACCCCAUUCAGUUUCGAACAGUUACCAUGCCAGAUAAUGUGGAUCCCACUAACAAGGUUGCUCGUCUUCUUUACACAAAUUCUGGAGUUAGUCUUCUUGCUCUUGGCUCGAAAGGGAUCCAGAGGUUGUGGAAAUGGAGUCGUAAUGAAUUGAAUCCUAGUGGAAAGGCCACAACAAGUGUUGUUCCACAACUUUGGCAGCCAAAUAAUGGUCUUCUCAUGAAUAAUAAUGUCCCAAACUCUUCUGAAGCAACAUUUCCUUGCAUAGCACUCUCAAAGAAUGAUUCCUAUGUUAUGUCUGCAUGUGGAGGAAAAGUUUCAUUGUUCAACAUGAUGACAUUUAAGGUGAUGACAACUUUUAUGCCACCUCCACCUAUUUCAACCUUCCUUACAUUCCAUCCCAAAGAUAAUAACGUCAUUGCAAUAGGGAUGGAAGAUUCAACAAUUCAUAUUUAUAAUGUUAGGCUAAAUGAGGUCAAAUCUAUAUUGACAGGUCACCAUAAGCAUGUCACUGGUUUAGCUUUUUCACCUCAACUGAAUGUAAUGGUUUCAUCAGGUGCUGAUGCUCAGCUUACCUUUUGGGAUAUUGACUCGUGGCAUAAGAAGAACUCACUAUCACUCCAAAUGCCAACUGGAAAAGCACCUGUUGGUGAUACUCAAGUACAAUUCAACGUUGAUCAAGUACGUUUGCUGGUAUGGCAUGAGACUCAACUAGCAUUAUAUGAUGCUUCAAAAAUGGAACUGAUUCGACAGUGGAUGCCACACGAGUGGUUGUUCGGUUCCAUAUCUUGUGCAGCGUAUUCCUGCAAUAGCCACCUAGUUUAUGCUACUUUCACUGAUGGAAAUAUUGCAAUAUUUGAUGCUGACACUCUUAAGGUCAAAUGUCGUCUGGCUUCAUCAGCAUAUCAGAACACAUUAAUCAGACAAAAUGUGUAUCCUACUGUUGUUGCAGCGCAUCCUGAUGAGCCCAAUCAAUUUGCCAUUGGACUUUCUGAUGGCUCAAUUAAGGUUAUUGAGCCCAGGGAGUGUGAUGGGAAAUGGGGCAAUUAA